AUGGAGGGCGCACUGGGCUGGAUGCCCCGGACACGUGCCGGCGUAUCCCAAAGAUCCUACCACAUUGACGGUGUCUCGCAGGAGGAGGCCGGCAUGUCGCGCCUGGCGCGCCAUGGCGGCGAGGCCGCUCGGAACAUGUACUCCCCGGCCGGCAUCGAGGUCAACCCCGAGCACUCCCGGUACGACAGCCUUCGCCGGGUGGUCCGUGAGCAGUAUGAGCAGAGCAGUCUGGACAACCGGGCUGCCCUCUUCAUCAACGAUUGCAUUGAGGGCGGCAACCAUGAGAUCCUCCACUGGCACGAGAGCUCCAGCCCGGGCGCCGUGCCGCCGGUUAUCAUUGACUCGGCGGUCGAUGGCACCCCUUUGCGCAUCAUCCCCGAUGCCAAUCGCCUGGACACCUACCGCAUGUCGGAGGCCGUGGGAGGAUGCCCGGUGCCGCCGAGCGGCCCCGGCGACGUGACCGCGGCCCCGGUCCCCAGUGUCCUGGGCCCGGUCCCCAGUGUCCUGGGCCCGGCACCCGGCGCCUCGAUCACCAGCCUGGCCUCGGGGGCCUCCAUCGGCGGCCAGCCACGCCUCACCGUCUCCACGGUUGGCGUGACCCCGGCCGACCCGUUGAGCAUUGUCCAAUCCCCGCGCGCUAGCCACCUGCUAUCGGCCCAACGGUCAGGAGAGGUGGUCGGCGGGGGCCCUGGCGGUGGUGGUGCUGGCCGUGGCGGCGGCCCCGGCGGCCCCGGCGGCCCCGGCGGCCCCGGCGGCCCCGGUGACAUUUCUUCCGGCAAUGUCGGACCGGAGGGCUCCGGCAGCAAUAUGCCGGAAGACCCGACCAAGGAUGAUCAAUCCUUGCUGGAACCCAUCUUCCCCACCGAGUGGAAGAACAAGGAAGUCCUGGUCUUGUGUGCGGUGGAAGACUACACGGUGGACAUUCAGAAGUCGCGCACCUGGCUGCCUGCCAAGAAGAUCGGCCGUCGGACCCUGCUGCACAAUGUCUUCUGUCGGGUGCAGCCCGGCCAGCUGGUGGCCCUCAUGGGCCCCUCCGGCUGUGGUAAGACCACGCUGCUGAACAUCAUGGCUGGCAACCGGCCUCGCUCCGGCAAGGCCAAGUACUGGCUCCAUUACAACGGCGAGCCCUAUCACAAGUAUAUGCGCGGAUACAUUGGCUUUGUCACCCAGGACGACGUCAUGUUCUCUCAUCUCACAGUCAAGGAGACCCUGCGCUAUUCGGCUCUUCUUCGACUGCCCCGUGAGAUGAGCCGUGAGAUGAAGCUCGAGAUGCUUGAGCGAAUCAUCGACUUGAUGGAUCUUCGCCGGUGCCUGAACACCAAAAUCGGUGGGCCCGGCAUUCGUGGUGUGUCGGGCGGUGAGCGCAAGCGUACAAGCAUUGGCGCUGAGCUGCUGGCCAACACCAGUGUCAUCUACUUGGACGAGCCGACAAGUGGCCUCGAUGCCAGCAUGGCGGCAUCGCUCAUUCGCGUGCUCAAGCGCCUAUCCCACAUCGACCGCAAGUCCAUCAUCUGCUCCAUCCACCAGCCGUCGGAGUACAUCUUCUACAUGUUCGACCAGCUGACCCUCCUCGCGGAGGGCCGAUCGGUCUUCCGCGGCCGGCCGCAGGACCUCCAUCGGCGCCUGGCCAUGGCCAACCUCUUCUGCCCGAAGCUCUUCAACAUCGCAGACUACGCCCUCCAGGUUUUGGUCGAGCAGAAGGACGAAUGCCAGCAGCUCAUCCAAAUCGACGAAAAGACCGGCGACUACGAUCGCGCCUAUGCCGACUCCAUGGAGAAUGAGCGGCUUUUCGUCGAGAACGCCCCCAAGCGCAAGGAGUACCAGCGAAAGAAGGGCUUCUUCCGGCGCAUGUUCGACCGGGCCCCGGAGGGGUAUCGCGCCUACCAGAGCACCUGGCUCAUGCAAUUCCUUGUCAUUCAGAUUGUCGCCGUGUCUGUCAUUGUGGGUCUCUUGUGGCUCCAGACCAAGCUCCAGGAAAACUCCAUCCAAGAUCGUGUGGGUUUGCUUUUCUUCUCGACCACCCUUUUCUGCUUCUUCCCGGUCGUCACCACCACUAGUUCCUUCCCCCUCGAGCGCCUGGUCAUCAUGAAGGACCGCAUGGCUAAGGCCUACCGCUUGUCGUCCUGGUAUGCGGCCAAGAUCGUGGCGGAAAUGCUGUACAUGGCAUUCCUGCCGCUGUUGUACAUUUGUAUCGUCUAUUUCAUGGCCGGCCUGCGCAUCAACGCCGUCGCCUUCUUCGCCACAGCUGGUUUGUUGAUUGUCUGCACAUGGACCUUCCAGGCCUUUGCCCUGCUCAUCAGUGCCAUUGUGUUUGACAUCCAAAAGGUGACUGUCAUCUCAUCAACCCUCCUGCUGACUUUCCUCUUGGUGGGAGGCUUCUAUCUGAGUGUCUUCCCGCGUUGGUUGUAUUGGACACGCUUCAUUGCCCCGACAACCUAUGCCUUCACAACGAUGAUGGCCAUCCAGAUGCCAGACAGUCUGCACUUCCGCUGCCAGAAUGAAAUCAGUAUGUACCCCGGCUGCAUGGAGGGAGGCCCGGGCUACAUCACCGGCCGCCAAGUCCGCCAGGCAUCGAAUAUCAGCUUCAAUGGCGCCGUGUUUUUCGUGUACCUGUGUUGCUUCUGGAUCUUCUUCCGUGCGGCUUCAUAUGUCGUCCUGCGCAUUCUCAAGUGA